GGCAGGAUGGCCGAGUCAUUUUUGCGGAGGAGAAGAGGCGGCCCCUAUAAAACAGAACCUGCUACGGACCUCACCUGCUGGCGCUUGAGUAGCGAAGAAGGUCGGCAGCGAUGGCGUUACCUGGCGGACGGCGAGAUUGGUAGCCGGGAGCAGACUGAGCUGGAAGCCCACUCUCUCGGGCUGGACACGAGUCAACUCUUCCCAGUCUUACCUAAGGCCUGCACCGCACAGGAGGCGGCCAUGAACGGGAUGAAAUUUUACUCUCGUCUCCAAGCUGAGGACGGCCACUGGGCUGGAGACUAUGGCGGGCCUCUCUUCUUGCUGCCAGGGCUGCUGAUUGUAUGCCAUGUUGCCAAGAUCCCACUACCUGAAGAGAGCAGGAGAGAAAUGGUGCGCUACUUGCGUUCCGUGCAGCUCCUGGAUGGCGGUUGGGGCCUGCAUAUUGAGGACACGUCCAAGGUGUUUUGUACCGCUCUCAACUACGUGGCCAUGCGGCUUCUAGGGGUCAGUUGUGAUGACCCAGAUGCGGUGCGGGCUCGGAACAACCUCCACAGCAAAGGUGGUGCUGUGGGAAUCCCUUCCUGGGGUAAAUUUUGGCUGGCUGUCUUGAAUGUCUAUAGCUGGGAAGGAAUGCAUACGCUUCUCCCUGAGAUGUGGCUGUUUCCUUCCUGGAUGCCGUGCCACCCUGCCUCGCUCUGGUGCCACUGCCGUCAGGUCUACCUGCCCAUGGCCUACUGCUACGCCACACGCCUUACCGCAGAAGAGGACGAACUUAUCCUGAGCCUCCGGCAGGAACUGUACAUACAAGAUUAUUCCAGUAUUGACUGGCCGGCACAGAGAAAUAACAUUGCCGCAUGUGACGUUUAUACCCCGCACAGCUGGCUGCUUAGCAUUGUCUAUGCAAUAUGCAAUACCUAUGAGAGUUACCACAGCAAGACUCUGAGAAACCGAGCGGUAGAAGAACUCUACGACCACAUCAGAGCCGAUGACCGGUUCACCAAGUGCAUCAGCAUCGGCCCGAUAUCAAAAACCAUUAACAUGCUAGUUCGCUGGUAUGUGGAAGGGGACCAGUCUCCUGCGUUUCGGGAGCACGUCUCCAGAAUCCCUGACUACCUCUGGCUGGGAGUGGAUGGCUUGAAGAUGCAGGGCACCAAUGGAUCGCAGCUUUGGGAUACGGCAUUUGCAGUCCAGGCUUUCUUGGAGGCUGGUGCCCAAAAGAAGCCUGAAUUCACCACCUGUUUGCAAGAUGCUCACACAUUCCUCAGAAUCUCUCAGAUUCCAGAAAAUCCACCUGAUUAUGAGAAGUACUACCGCCAAAUGAACAAGGGCGGAUUUCCCUUCAGCACUCGCGACUGCGGCUGGAUCGUGGCGGACUGUACAGCGGAAGGGCUGAAGAGUGCAAUGCUCCUGCAGGAAAAAUGCCCAUUCAUCAAGGAGCACAUCCCACCGGAUCGCCUCUUUGACGCUGUCAACGUGUUGCUGAACAUGCGAAACGCGGAUGGUGGCUUUUCUACGUACGAAACGAAGCGUGGGGGCUGGCUGUUGGAGCUGCUGAACCCUUCUGAGGUCUUCGGUGACAUCAUGAUAGACUACACAUAUGUUGAAUGCACCUCGGCAGUGAUGCAGGCCCUGAAGCAUUUCCACAAGAGGUUUCCUGAGCACAGAACACAUGAGAUCAGGGACACACUCCAGAAGGGUUUGCAGUACUGCCAGAGGACGCAGAGGGCCGACGGCUCCUGGGAAGGGUGUUGGGGGGUUUGCAUCACCUACGGCACCUGGUUUGCUUUGGAAGCUUUUGCUUGUAUGCAGAACACCUAUCAGGACGGAGUGGCCUGCAAGGAAGUGUCGCGAGCUUGUGAAUUCCUGGUCUCCAAACAAAUGGAGGAUGGUGGCUGGGGAGAGGACUUUGAGUCUUGCGAACAGCGUCGAUACGUACAGAGUGCCACCUCUCAGAUCCACAACACCUGCUGGGCUCUUCUGGGGCUCAUGGCUGUUAGGUAUCCAGAUGUCAGAAUCCUGGAAAGGGGGAUCAAAGUUUUGAUUGACAAGCAGCUGCCCAGUGGGGAUUGGCCGCAGGAGAAUGUUUCCGGAGUAUUCAACAAGACCUGUGCUAUCAGCUACACCUCCUACCGAAACGUCUUCCCCAUCUGGACCCUCGGGCGCUUUUCUCGCCUGCAUCCUGCAAGCCCGCUCUCUGGCAAGGGUUUGACCGAGCUGUUGGAAAACAAAGAAACAGGAAAUGGGUACAGACUUCCUGUCCACUCUUCCUAA